GGAAGGUUGGGCCUGGGGACUAUAUAUAGAUACUGUGCUUUUAGAGAGAGAAGCAUAACAAACCGAAAAGCUAGAGAGAGAAAGAGCGAUGAUGGAAGGAGAAACGGAAGUGGAGGGCAUCGAUUCGAAACUGGCCGCCGUCGCCACCGACUCAGUGGCUAAUGGCGACGGCGGCGAAGCCAUCGCGGCUGAUGGUAGCUGUGCGAUGGUGAUGGUCGGCGGGGGAGAGGAGAACAGCGGCGGCGGGAAAGUGAAGGGACCCUGGUCGCCGGAGGAAGACGCGGUGUUGUGCGAACUAGUGAGUAAGUUCGGGGCGAGGAAUUGGACCUUGAUCGCCCGUGGAAUCCCUGGCCGUUCCGGGAAGUCGUGCCGUCUCCGGUGGUGCAAUCAGCUCGACCCUGCUGUCAAACGAAAACCUUUUUCCGAUGAAGAAGACCAGAUUAUAAUUUCAGCCCAUGCGAUUCAUGGAAACAAAUGGGCAGCCAUUGCAAAAAUGCUCCCUGGCAGAACAGACAAUGCCAUCAAGAACCACUGGAACUCUACCCUGAGGCGCCGGUUUGCAGCAACAAAUAGAUCCACAUUGCAAUGUGGCAACGUGCUUGACGACCCGAGCAGUACAGACAGGAUUGGGGCAUCCUCUGAAGAAACCAAAUCAUGCGGGUAUAAUAAUAUGAACGCAUUCAACAAAUCCCCAGAAGGUGCGCCUGGCGAUUGCAGCCCAGAGGAGACUAAUCUCCCCCCUGUGUUCCGUCCCAUUCCAAAAAUCGGCGCUUUCAAUGUUUACAACCUGUCUCCUGCCCCGCGGGCCCCGCACGUCCACCCGUCCAUCCCUGACCCGCACGUUCUGGUAAACACGUGUUGUGAGGUUGUGAUCCCUUCGCACUGUGGCCUCGGCUGUUGUGGCCCCCCCGGGAACGGUCCUACUCCGGGUUCACUGUUGGGUCCCGAGUUUGUCGAGUUUGAGGAGCUACCUCCUGUUUCUAGCCACGAGCUGGCUGAAAUAACCAAAGAUUUGAACAACGUGGCGUGGAUCAGAAGCAGCCUCGACAAUCCUCCUACCGGAGGAGCAAACGUUCCGGAUCAUUCCACAAAAAAUGACCCUCUUAGCUCCGAAGGAGGUGGAGGUGGAGGUGGAGGAGGAGGAGGAGGAGGAAGAAACCAGCUAACAGUGUCAACCCCAUACGCAAUGCUUCAAUUUGCAACCUGAGAUGUUUUUUUUACUUCUAUUUUUCUUGGAGAGGAUUGGAGCAGAAUUUUGUGAUGUGUAUUUAUAUCUAAUACUCCGUAACAUUUUAUAAAUGUGUCCAUCCAUAUUAUGAUUACUCCAAAAUGUAACUCUCUAAUGGGAAUAUUUAAAUUCAAGCCGAAGAAUUCCACCUGUUGGCUGCUGGUUUUCUUUGGGGCAUAACGGUCAACGGAUUGACCAAGACGUGAAUGAUUCCAUAUAUGGGAGUAGUAACUAAACUAUAAAAUGCAGAGAUAUUU